CUUCCGGCGGGCGGCAACCUUGCCUUGACCGCCCGCCGGAUCUCAACCAAUUGAAACCUCCAUCAACUCCAGCAAGAUGCUCACAGGAAAUGAUCCAUACCAACAAACAUCGAUCGAUACGAGCUAGGAUAUUCUCAGAUGACAUGAUCACCACGGGUAUUUCUCUCAAAGUCGAUGACUCCUUCUUGAGCAAUUCAUAUCCAGUCAUUCCAGCCAUUGAAUCCGACGGAGCUCUUCUCUCCAUCCAAACCGAGAUACUGCAGAGCUCUGCUUCCACUCUCCUCUUCUCCAUCCUCUGCAUCGGCGUCUUCUCCGUUGCACACUCCGCUCACUCCCACUCUCACGUCGCCGCUCCGGCGCCGGCCGUCGACUGCACCACCCUGGUCCUCAAGAUGACCGACUGCCUCUCCUACGUCACCAACGGCAGCACCGUCAAGAAGCCGGAGGGAACUUGCUGCUCCGUCCUCAAAACGGUGCUCACAUCUAACGCCGAGACGCAGCCGCGGCCAUCCGACGGAGCCCAAGGCUCAGCCGCCGCCUGACGCGGAAGAGGCUUCCCCGCCCUCCGAAAUCUACUGAAUCCAUUGGCUCCGCCGCCUGCAACGAAGAAAGCGAAGACUGAUGCUCCGGCGGCUCCGCCACCUAGUGGAGAGCGGAGAGGGAGAGGACGGCCACCAAAGGUCAAG